CCGAGACGCGUCUGCGCGCCCGGUCGCCGCGUUUGUUUCCGGAAGUGCCGGCGCGGCCUUGUGGGGGGCGAGGCGGCGCCAGGCGGGAUGGAGAUCACCCGGGGCAAUUUCAAGAGCGCGCUGGGCACCGUCUACGCGGCCGUGGAGGACGCCGAUUUCCUGGCCAUCGACGGGGAGUUUUCAGGCAUCAGCGACGGCCCGUCCGUGAGCGCGCUGACCAACGGCUUCGACACCCCCGAGGAGCGGUACCAGAAGCUGCGGAAGGUAUAUUAUGAAAUCAUUUAACUUCUAUAUUUUCCCCAAACCCUUGAACAGAACAUCACCAGAUGUCAAGUUUGUCUGUCAGAGCUCAAGUAUAGAUUUUUUAGCAAACCAGGGAUUUGAUUUUAAUAAAGUUUUUCGAAACGGUAUCCCUUACUUAAAUCAAGAAGAAGAAAGACAGUUACGGGAGCAAUAUGAUGAGAAGCGCUCUCAAGCCAAUGGCCUGGGGGGCUUGGCAUAUAUGUCACCUGGUGCUGCCAAGCCUCCAUCAGCUGUUCCUGAGGAUCAGAAGAAGUUCAUCGAGAAAGUUGUAGAAAGGAUAGAAGACCUCCUGCAAAAUGAAGGAAACACCACCGUGCAGCUGGAGCCUUGCACAGGAUUUCAGAGGAAACUAAUCUACCAGACGCUGAGCUGGAAGUUUCCAAAAGGCAUCCAUGUUGAAACUGUGGAAACAGAAAAGAAGGAGCGAUUCAUGAUCAUCAGCAAAGUGGACGAAGAGGAGCGCAAGAGAAGAGAGCAGGAGAAGCAAGCGAGAGAGCAGGAGGAGCUGAAGGAUGCGGUGGGGUUUUCCCGAGUCAUUCACGCCCUUGCAAAUUCGGGCAAGCUCGUGGUUGGACACAACAUGUUGCUGGACGUCAUGCACACCAUCCAUCAGUUCUACUGCUCCCUCCCCGAGGAUUUCAGUGAGUUCAAAGAACUAGCAACGUGUGUCUUUCCAAGGCUAUUGGACACUAAAUUGAUGGCAAGCACUCAGCCAUUCAAGGAAAUCAUUAAGAACACAUCCCUGGCAGAGUUGGAAAAGCGUUUGAAGGAGACGCCCUUCAGCCCUCCAAGAGUUGAAAGCGCCAAGGGGUUUCCCAGCUACAACACGGCUUCAGAGCAGCUCCAUGAAGCUGGUUACGAUGCCUACAUCACGGGCCUCUGCUUCAUCUCCAUGGCAAACUUCUUAGGUUCAUUUCUCAACCCUCCCGCAAAUCACGUUUCUACCGGUUCAAAGCUGAUCGAGCCUUUUUUCAACAAAUUAUUUCUGAUGAGGGUGAUGGACAUUCCAUAUCUCAAUUUGGAAGGACCAGAUUUACAGCCAAAACGUGAUCACGUCCUUUAUGUUACCUUUCCCAAAGAGUGGAAGACAAGCGACCUUUACCAGCUCUUCAGUGCUUUUGGAAACAUUCACGUGUGUUGGAUUGACGAUACAUCAGCAUUUGUAUCCUUGAGUCAGCCUGGACAAGUACAGAUUGCUGUUAACACCAGCAAGUAUGCUGAAAGUUACCGGAUUCAGACUUACGCAGAAUAUAUUGAAAAGAAGCAGGAGGAGAGAAGGCAGGCGAAGAGGAAAUGGGCAGAAGACAGUUGGAAGGAGAUGGAAGUCAAGCGCUUAAAGACGCAGGCCAGCCCCUUCGCUCCCCAAAGCCGUUAUUACAGCGUUUGCAGCUUUUCAACCCCCAGCUCUGUGGGGAAGAGAAGCAUGAGCCCCAUCCAAGAGGAAAGCAUCACGGAUGACCCGGAGGAGGUCACAGUGCAAGAGGGGGACCUGGCCACCCCAGGCCCCUUCCAGGAGACCCCCGGAGAAGAGAAGCAGCAAGCCAAGAAGCUCAAAAAGGGCAAGAGGGAGCAAACGGUGGACGGGGGGCUCAAGUCCCCUCCCGCCAGGCUCUUCGAUGUGCCGGACACGUGGUAGCUGCCAGGAGCACCAGUGAGAGAGAGCUUCCCUUCCAAGGAACCGGUGGCGGCGGCAGUGUCCUCCUCCCAAGCCAGCCAGAAGGAAGGAAGGAGGCUGGGCACAAAGGGGGGGCAGGAGGCAGUUUGGUUUUUUAAUCUCUACGGAACAAUCACAGUCACUGUUUUUAUGUGUAUGCAUGCAUGUACAUGUCCGUUUCCUUGAUUAUGUGGAGGCCUUUUGCUGUCGUGCGUAUUGCAUCAAAAGGCCAAACCGUGGGGCUGGACCAUCCAUUCAUGUAACGUGGCAGAGUCUAUGUGCAGCUUGCUCUGCUGGUCCCCUCCGUCCCCUGCAGACAUUCGGGCACAUCAGUGGCCAGUCGGGCGCCUGGCGCUUUCAACCACUUCCUUCCCUGCCAUCUUCUGCAGUCGUAGAAGUGCAUUUUAUUCCCCCCCCCCCAUUAAAGAGGAACUGUCUGUUU